AUGGUUUUAAAGAAGAAGAAGGAAGUUCAGGUAGAUGCAUUCUUUCUUGAUCAGCAGCAGCUUGAAAACCUUCAGAGAUUUUCAAAGGCUGAAGAGCAAAACCUGGCAUCUCUGCUGCUGCACUGCGCACAGCUGAGCAAUGGCAUUCAGCAGAUCCAGUGCAUUAAACAAAUUAUGCCAUUGGUAAAGAAGAUGGAUCAAAACUCUGCAUGUGAUCCCAUGGUUAAAGCUUGUUUGGAUAUUCUGGGAGAGACAUAUUUUUCACUGAGUGCAAAGAAUCCCUUGAAAAAAGUACUAGCAAGUUCACUAAACGGUCUUCCUGAACAGUUUAUAACAUUAGCUGUACAAAGCUUUGUGUGCUGCCUUAGGGAAGAACUGAAAACCACAGACAUACAUUUGUACAGAAAAGUGCUGGACAACCUUGCUUCCUGUAUGGAGGACUUCAGCUUAGGUAGAGCAAGUAUUAAGGACCUGUUUGAAGAAGUUCUUCAGUUUCUGCAGAAGUCGCUAUGUGACAUACAGGAGGAAAACAGGCAAAAUCAUGGAAAUUGUAUUGUUCAGACUCAAUUGAUGCACGAUUUACUGAUAGCCAUUAAAGUUUCAAUGACGCUUGUACAGAAAUUACAAGAAAAUAUCCAGGGAAGUCUUUGGAAACACCAUGAGUCUUUUGUUUGGCAAAGUAUGUGUAGUUUACUGAAAAGCUCCACAAACUUCCUAGUGGAUGGAACUCUCUUGCAAACUGUUCAGUCUACUUCAGGGCUGGCCGUUAUUCUGUUUACUAAAGCUAUGUAUGAGCCAAUUGAAGAAUUGCCUUCCUUGGUCAGCAACUUGCUUCUUGGGUCAGUUAAACACGCCGGUCUGCCAGCAUGGUUUCUGAGUAACUGUGGGACUCUGUGUACAGACGAACUCCCUGACUCGGUCCUUCUCUUUCUUUGCCAUGGAGCACUGGCUAUGCUGGAAUGGAAGAAUGGCAGCAUGGGUGAAGAUGGAGAGAAACUACUACUAGAUAUCGUAUCAGUCUUGUUGUCUAUGAGUUCAGAGUUAAAAGAAUGCAGUAUGGCAAUGUCUUUAUCUAGAAUCCUUGCUAUUUGGACUAAUUCAGCACUAGCUGCCCUCAUUUCAGGCUCCCCAAGUUUAAAAAUCAAACUUAAUGGGAACUCGGACAUUAUUGGGAAGCUGCUGGAAUACAUUUAUACACACUGGGAACACCCUCUAGAUGCUGUUAGACACCAAACCAAAUUGAUAUUCAAGAAUAUUCUUCAGAUACACCGAACCACCAUUAUUGGAUCCAACGAAAAAUCAGACCCAUUCUUUGGAAGGCUGACAAAGCGAUUACUAAGCUUGGAAUGGCACGUGAAAGGAAAAUAUGCUUCUCUUGGCUGUCUUGUGGAGUGUGUGGGCACUGAAAAUAUACUACAGUUGGACAGGACAAUUCCAGCACAAAUCUUGGAUGUGAUGAAUGAUCAGUCUCUUGCACCCUAUGCUAGUGAUCUUUUGGAAACUAUGUUUACAAAUCACAAAGCCCAUUUUACUUCGAGGUUUCAAGAAAACACCUGGAUUGACCACUGGCAUAACAUCUGGGUUUCUCCUCUUCUUGUAAUACUGUGUGAAGGGAGCCAUGACCAAACUACUUAUAUAACAGAUUACUAUUUACCAAAAUUGCUCAGAUGUAGCCCUGACAGUCUGAGCUACAUGAUUAGUAUUCUUCAGGCUUCUACAGAUGUUAAUCUUGGUAAGAAUUGAUUUUCAUUUUCUUUAGGCUCUUGCAGUACUAGAGGAGCUCUUGGAGCACUGAUGGCAUGCCUGAGAACAGCCAGAGCUCACGGACACCUGGAACUUUCAAAUAUCAUGAGCAAUGGUCUUGUAUCCACUGAAUGUAUAAAACAGGGUCUAGUUCAUCAGCACAAUCAGGUUUGCAUCGAUGCUUUAGGUUUGCUUUGUGAAACCCAUCGUAGCACGGAAAUUGUGUCUGUGGAAGAAAUGCAACUAAUCCAAUUUUUUAUGAUGUACAACUUGAACAGCCAGUCUCCUUCAGUAAGGCAACAGAUAUGUUCUUUACUGAGAAAGUUAUUUUGUAGGAUACAAGAAAGUUCCCAGGUGAUUUAUAAAUUGGAGCAAAAUAAAACCAAGCAAGAGUUACUUGAAAUCUCAACUAAAAGUCAUCCUUUGGGGAUUUUGCAGCAAUACAGACAUUUCAUGUCAGCUGUAUGUGACAGACUUUUCGAGGCACUGUUUCCUGGUUCAUCACACCCAACUAGAUUUUCUGUGCUAACUAUUUUAGGAUCAAUAGCAGAAAUAUUUUCCGCUCCAAAAGGAAGGAUAGCACAAGUUUUUCAGCUGGAUCAGGAGAUCGAUUCUACUCGUGUCCAAACUUUGAUCCAGUGUUUUGCCAGUACUUUUGAAGAAGUGAAAAUUCUAGCGUUUGAGGUUUUGAUGAAAGUACGUGAUGUUGCAUUUAAUUUACAGGAUUAUGAAAAUGUAGAUCUCCUAUUCCAAGCAGCAAUGGAUCUUAGCACCAGUACCAAGCCAUAUGAUUGUGUCACUGCUUCAUAUUUGUUGAACUUCUUAGUACAUCAUAAAGGGCUACAGCAUAUUUGUUUAGGAAAACGUGUUGAGCAUAAACCCCAGAUGGAUGAAAACACAUCAUUAAGUACAGUGGAGAAGAACACUUUAGCAGUUAUCAAACUUUUGUUGGUGAAUGUUGAAGAAGAAGUAUUUCAAGCUAAGAAGUCUCUGCUUCAAGCAGCAGCGUCAUUCCCAAUGUAUGGGAGAGUGCAUUGUAUAACUGGGGCUUUGCAGCAAUUACCUUUUAAUAACUUGACAUUGGUAGCUGAGUGGAAGGAAAUGGUGGCCAAGCUCAUUCUGAUGUCAUACAAACUCUCUGCUGUAGUAUCACCAGUAGUGCAGAGCUCAUCACCAGAGGGUCUUAUUCCAAUGGAUAGUGAAUCAGAAAGUACUGGUCGCCUGCAGAUGAUUCUGCAUGAGAUACAACCACAGGACACAAAUGAUUAUUUUAUGCAAGCAAAAAUUUUGAAAGAACACUGCAAAGUAGAGUCUGAAAAGCUGGCUGACGACAGGCCAAUGGAAAGUAUUUGCACAGAAAUGAGAGGUAAAGACAGACAAACAUGUGAUGUCACAGCCCAAAUGGUUCUUGUAUGUUGCUGGAGAAGCAUGAAGGAAGUAUCUCUGCUCUUAGGGACACUGUGUAAACUUUUGCCUUCGCAGGCUGCAUCUGAACCUUCAGAUGGGCUGAUUACUGUAGAACAGGUUAAAAAUAUUGGGGACUACUUUAAACAUCAUCUGCUGCAGUCAAGACACAGGGGUGCCUUUGAAUUGGCAUAUGCUGGCUUUGUGCAACUCACAGGAAUGCUUUCCAGAUGUAACAGUGAGAGCCUGCGCAAGAUGCCAGAGCAGUGGCUAAGCUGUGUGUUAGAAGAAAUCAAGUCUUGUGAUCUUUCGUCUACACUAUGUGCAACUAGACGUAGUGCAGGAAUUCCAUUCUACAUACAGGCUUUGUUAGCUUCAGAACCAAAGAAGAGCAAAACAGAUUUGCUGAAAAUUACAAUGAAAGAAUUGAUAACUUUGGCUGCACCUUUGAAUGAAUCGAGUGUAAUUCCACAGGUUCAUGCUUUAAAUAUCCUUCGGGCACUGUUUAGGGAUACACGUUUAGGUGAAAACAUCAUGCCUUAUGUUGCAGAUGGAAUACAAGCAGCAAUUCUAGGUUUUAUGUCACCUGUCUGGGCAGUAAGAAAUUCAUCUACACUUCUUUUUAGUUCUCUGAUUACAAGAAUUUUUGGGGUUAAAAGAGGGAAAGAUGAGAAUUCAAAAAAAAAUAGAAUGACAGGAAGAGAGUUUUUCUCUCGGUUUCCAAGUCUUUAUCCUUUCCUUCUCAAGCAGUUGGAGGUUGUAACCAAUACUUUGAACAGUGAAGCUGAAGAGUUGAAAAUCCAUCCUAGCCUGUUUCUUUUGCUUUUAAUACUGGGAAGGCUGUAUCCAUCUCCGAUGGAUGGCACUUACUCAGCACUCAGUAUGGCACCGUUUGUCCCACUUAUUAUAAGGUAA